GCCAUGUAACCUGUUACCAGAUCUGGGGGAGGCUGUGGGGAAGAUGACUCAACCUUUCAAUUUAUCUGCUUUUCAGAGAGUUCUCCUCAUCGGCUCUCCAGGGCAGACCUUACUCAGCUCCGAGCGGUCUUUGCAAGUGGGGCCAAGGCGCCACCCUGAGCCCAACACAGAGCAUUAUGUCACCGGAAGCCCAAGCCCCGAGAAGCAAAGAACCCCCGAAGCCAUGUCGAAGCCGCACAGCGAGGCCGGGACCGCCUUCAUCCAGACCCAGCAGCUGCACGCGGCCAUGGCCGACACGUUCCUGGAGCACAUGUGUCGCCUGGACAUCGAUUCGGCGCCCAUCACCGCCCGCAACACCGGCAUCAUCUGCACCAUCGGCCCCGCGUCCCGGUCGGUGGAGACGCUGAAGGAGAUGAUCAAGUCUGGGAUGAACGUGGCUCGCCUCAACUUCUCUCACGGCACCCACGAGUACCACGCAGAGACCAUCAAGAAUGUGCGGGCCGCCACAGAGAGCUUCGCCUCGGACCCCAUCCUCUACCGGCCAGUGGCUGUGGCCCUGGACACGAAAGGACCCGAGAUCCGCACCGGGCUCAUCAAGGGCAGUGGCACCGCCGAGGUGGAGCUGAAGAAGGGAGCCACCCUGAAAAUCACGCUGGACAACGCCUACAUGGAGAAGUGCGACGAGAACAUUCUGUGGCUAGACUACAAGAACAUCUGCAAGGUGGUGGACGUGGGCAGCAAGAUCUACGUGGACGACGGACUUAUCUCCCUGCAGGUGAAGCAGAAAGGUGCCGACUACCUGGUGACGGAGGUGGAAAACGGCGGCUCCUUGGGCAGCAAGAAGGGCGUGAACCUCCCCGGGGCUGCCGUGGACCUGCCCGCCGUGUCCGAGAAGGACAUCCAGGACCUCAAGUUCGGGGUGGAGCAGGACGUGGACAUGGUGUUCGCGUCCUUCAUCCGCAAGGCGGCCGAUGUCCACGAGGUGCGGAAGGUCCUGGGGGAGAAGGGGAAGAACAUCAAGAUCAUCAGCAAGAUCGAGAACCACGAGGGCGUCCGGAGGUUUGACGAGAUCCUGGAGGCCAGCGAUGGGAUCAUGGUGGCUCGUGGCGACCUAGGGAUCGAGAUUCCCGCAGAGAAGGUCUUCCUCGCCCAGAAGAUGAUGAUUGGGCGCUGCAACCGAGCAGGGAAGCCCGUCAUCUGCGCCACGCAGAUGCUGGAGAGCAUGAUCAAGAAGCCCCGCCCCACCCGGGCCGAGGGCAGCGACGUGGCCAACGCGGUCCUGGACGGCGCCGACUGCAUCAUGCUGUCUGGAGAGACGGCCAAAGGGGACUACCCGCUGGAGGCCGUCCGCAUGCAGCACCUGAUAGCCCGGGAGGCCGAGGCAGCCAUGUUUCACCGCAAGCUGUUCGAAGACCUGGUGCGAGCCUCCAGGCCCUCCGCGGACCUCAUGGAGGCCAUGGCCAUGGGCAGCGUGCAGGCUUCCUAUAAGUGCUUAGCAGCAGCUCUGAUAGUUCUGACGGAGUCUGGCAGGUCUGCACACCAGGUGGCCAGGUACCGCCCCCGCGCCCCCAUCAUUGCCGUGACCCGGAACCCCCAGACUGCGCGCCAGGCCCACCUGUACCGGGGCAUCUUCCCUGUGCUGUGUAAGGACCCGGUCCAGGAUGCCUGGGCGGAGGACGUGGACCUCCGGGUGAACCUGGCCAUGAAUGUGGGCAAGGCCCGAGGCUUCUUCAAGACGGGAGACGUGGUCAUCGUGCUGACCGGGUGGCGCCCGGGCUCUGGCUUCACCAACACCAUGCGCGUGGUGCCUGUGCCCUGACAGACCCCAGCGCCCUCUGCAGCCCGUCCCACCCCUCCCGACCCAUCCAUUAGGCACAGUGCUUGUGUAGUGCUCACCGGCUGUGGCGUGGCACAGGCGGGCCGGGCCGCCAGGCAACAGGAGUGCCGCCAUCACCCCAGGCUGCUUGGACCCUGCUCUGUGGGACGAGGCAUGUAGGAUUGGAGGCCUCGAGCUCACCACAAGAGGGCGACAGUGCGCUCUCCGUCUUGUACUCAGACAGGUCCCUGUAGAAGGAUGCCCAGAGAGCUGCCCGCCCUGGGCGCAGGAACCAGCCCUGGCAUGGGGUGGGGUGGGGUGGGGUGGUGACGGGACUCCAGUCUAAGAGCCUGGCCCUUCCCUGCUUCCCCAAUCUCUGGCCCUGGCCCACGGCCUCCCCAACUGCCACCAUGUCAUGCUCUAGUGUCCCCACCCCUCCCUGUGGCUGCAAGCACUCCACCUUUCUGGCUGGCCUGGGCCUGUUGCUAUAGAGCCUACCUGUGUCAAUAAACACGGCUGAAGCACC